GAGGCCAGAGGAAAGUCUUCCUCCGGAGAGGUGACCUCCGGUGAAAUGGGCUGACUUUUUGCAGCUUCUUCCUUGCAGCCUGGAAAGUGACUAGAGACCACCUGAGCCCUUCCCAGUUCUCAUGGCUUCUUGUGUCCAUACCUCCAUCGGUGAUUCAGACCGACGCAGAACCAAGAUGUAUAAGUUGGCGGUGAUGGGCACCUGUUCUGUGGGCAAGACUGCACUGACCAUGCAGUUUACUAAGAAUCAUUUUGUGACCGAGUAUGACCCCACGACUCAAGAUUUCUACAGUAAGGAUACAGUGGUGGACGAAAAUCCGUACCAGCUGGACAUCGUGGAUACCACGGGCAAUGGAGCAUUUUAUUAUCUAAGGGAUGACUCCAUAAGCUGGGGAGAAGGCUUCCUCUUAGUCUAUGCAGUGAAUGACUUCUACUCUUUUGAGAAUGUGAAUUUCUUCUGGGAUAUUCUGCGGUGGCUCAAGGGCACCGACCGUGUACCCGUGGUGUUGGUGGCCAACAAAGUAGACGUGACCGACAGGCUGGUGGACCCCACACUGGGCCAGGAGAUGGCCAGGAGAUUCGGAGUCCCUUAUGUGGAGACAUCAGCCAAGACUGGGCAAGGUGUGGAGCAAGCCUUCCAUGAGCUGGUUCGAGAAAUUCGGAGGAUCCGAGCUGAGGAGUAACUCAAGAUUCUCCCUAAUACAGAGCAGAGGGAGGC